AUGAGCAUCGGCAAAAUCAUCGGCAAAAUCAUCAUUAUCCCCAUCAUUAUCAUCAUUGCCAUCUGCGUCGGCAUCUACCUCCUCAUCAAGCACCGUCGCGAGCGCAAGCGCGAACGCCGCGAAGAUAAUCUCCGCGCCCAGUACUACCGGCAACAGUACCAGCAGCAGUACAUGUAUCCACAUAUGCAAAUGCAAUCACAACAACAGCAGCAGCAGCAGCCGGGCACGCCGGCCCCGCCAUACUAUAAUCAGGCUUAUGCUGCGGGACAGCAGCCUGUGGCGAUGAAUGAAGGGGAGUAUGGAUAUUCUGAGACGAUGAUGAAGAAGCCAGAGCCGGUGGUAUAUCCGGUGCAGCAGCAGCAUCCAGGAUCGGAGGUGGUUUAG